AUGGAUACCCUCUCCUCAGCAACACCAAGGAAUUCCGUCUUUGACGGACUUCUGGCGCAAUGCUUGCUAUCUCUUUUGUUCGGCACACUCUCCCAUAUCCUAUACUACCGCCACGGCUUCCGCAACAAGCAAUCCCUGGGUAUCCUUGUGUAUCAUUUAGUCCUGGAAGUCGCACUUGCCACCAAGCUGUGGCUCAGCCAUGGCUUUGGAAGAGGGUCCACGAUGGCUUGUGCCAUUAGUACCGCCUACGCAACCGGUCUGUUUACCAGUAUCCUUAUUUAUCGCCUUCUCUUACAUCCGCUUCGCUCCUUUCCGGGUCCCUUUGCCGCCAAGGUCAGUCGCCUAUAUUGGCUUUACCUUCAGCGCAACGGCCAUAUUCAUACCGAGAUGCGCUCGAUUGCGGACCAAUACGGCGACAUUGUGCGCAUCGCACCCAAUGAGCUUCUGCUCACCUCCCUUGACGCCAUCACACAGGUCUAUGGGCUAAGCACGAGCUGCACUAAGAAAAAUACUGGAUUAUACGACUCCUUUGAGUUCCGUGGCGAGCACAAUCUGGACUCGAUCCCCCAGCGCGAGCAACAUCGAAAGCGCCGAGCUGUGUGGGACCACGCCAUGUCACCAAAAAUGCUGAAGGUGUACGAGGUUGGUAUGCGCGAGGUCCUCGAGGAUUGGCUGGCUGUGCUCGAAAGACAGAGCACCGCCAAGGAGGCAGUCAACACUAGGCCAUACUCGGCACUGAUUCCGCUGGAUAGCAUGGGCAAGGUCGGCUUUUCGGAGGAGUACUACAGCGUUAAGGCGGGCAAAGGCAACGAGGUCCUCGAAUUGCUCCACACUGUCUUUAAGUCGAUUUUGGACAUGGGCGAGAUAACAUGGCCCUAUUCCAUAGUCAAGGGCCUAGGACUAAGCCGCGACCUGACCAGGUUUGAGAAGCUGGCAAUCGAAAUUGCAGACAAGAGAGACGAGGCAAGUCAGUCCAACUCACAGACUUUUGAUGUCGGGAAAGCGGACGUCUUGUCAGGCCUGCUUCAAGACUUUCACUCCAAGGAGCCCAAGGCCUACUUCAAUAGAAACAUCGUCUAUACCGAUACCCAAGUCAUACUAGCUGGGGCUGUGGACACGAUUGCCUCGACUUUGUCAUUCGUGUGGUUCCAUCUCGCCAAAGACCACAGAGUCCAGAGCAAGCUGCGGGACGAGUUGGCUACGUGGCACAAUACGAGCGAACAAGCGGAGUUUGCCUCAGCCGACCUUGUGAAAUGCGCCUACCUCGAAGCUGUCAUCAACGAAUCCAUGCGAGUGGACUCGCCGACUGGCAUCAACGGGGGUAGAUCAACCCCUCCUGAAGGGAUUUCCGUGGACGGUGUCCAUAUUCCCGGAAAUGUUGUUGUGCGAGUGGGCACAUAUCUAUAUCAUCGAGAUGAGAGAUACUUCCGGCAGGCCGGCGAUUUCAUACCAGAACGCUGGACAACACGCCCUGAGCUAGUUCUAGAAAAGCGGGCGUUCAUUCCUUUCCUCGUCGGACAUUGGCAUUGCGUAGGCAAGAGAUUUGCCUUGCAGCUGAUUCGUCUUGUUCUUGCUUACACAACUUGGCAUUACGAGUUCGGAUUUGCCCCGGGCGAGGACGGCACUAGAAUCUAUCGAGAGAGUAGGAACAACGUCGUCAUCGAGUCAGGGAAGCUUGAACUAGUUUUUAAGAGAAGAGACUAA